AUGCACGAAGAUGGAAGCAGCGUGCUGGUGCGGUGGAAGAGUUCCACCAAGCGCAAGCAGAAGGAGAAGACGACGACGGCAUCGGGCCAGAGCGUACGGAGCAAGGCCGAGACCCAGGCGGCGGUGGUCAAGCCCACGGGCCGCGCCGGCUGGGAGGGCGUGGGCUCGCCCGACGGCGAGACCUUCGUCUUCGAGGAGAAUCUCAAGUACGAGGCCAACGCCAAGAAGUUCGACUCCAAGACCAUCGAGCUCGUGCUCAAGGAGAUCAAGGGCAAGAAGAAGAACCACCUGUACAAGCUGAAGGUGGACGUGGGCGAGUUUGCGCACAACGGGAGCACCACCAGGAAGGAGAUCGCCUUUGGCGGCGGCGGCAAGUCCAAGGACGAGGGACCGAUCCUCACCGUGAUAUUCAGGGCAAGGUGGCUGAUGAUCGACAACAAGGUCCUCGUCAAGAAGUACGGCGCUGGCGAGAAUGGACAGCAACAGGAGGACUACGACCUGCUUACGGUCGACGAGGGAGACAUGUCCGAGAGCGAGGCCGAGACCGACACCGACUUCUCCGAAAGCGAGUCCGACAUGUCCGAGUCCGAGUCGGACCUGGGAUCGGACUCAGAGUCGGACUCGGGCGGCAGCAGCCGACAACGGAAGAAGAGCCGAAGCGGCGGCGGCGGAAAGAAGGCGUCGUCGGCCGAGCUCGAGAAGGCGACGAAGGCGGCCAAGAAGCUGGAGGCCCGGUGCAAGCAGCUCGAGACGAUUCUGCUCGAGACCAAGCGCGAGCUGGCCGAAAAGAAAGCCGACAACAUUCAGCUCCAGCGCCAGCUCAAGGAAAAGGAGGACCAAUUGCAGCAGCUCACUGCGUCGUCGACAUCCGCCAAGUCCAGCUCGGGCUCGAUCAGGCUUUCGGGCGGCGGCGGUGGUGAUCUUAAGAAGGCGGUGGACGAGCGGGACCGCAAGAUCGAGCGGCUGGAGGCGAGCCUCAAGGGCAAGGACGACGAGAUCAAGGCGGUCAAGAGCCUGUUCCAGGCCGAGAUCGAGGAGCUGAAGAAGAACAAGAAGCGGCGCGAAGCGGAGGAUGACGACGAUGACGACGAUGACGAUGGCGACGAUCAGGAAGAGGAGUGGCAGAUGAAGGUGGAUCGCGCGGCGGCCCUCUUCGACUUCAAGGCCCGCAACGAUCAAGAAAUCUCCCUCACAAAGGACGAGGAGUUCUAUGUGACGGACAGGGAUCCGUUCGGGGUGGGCACCUUUGCGAGCGAGUGGUGGCGCGUUGUGCGACGAAACAAGGACGUGCGCACCUCGGACGCCUCCGAUCCGGGCAGAGGCCGCCAGGAGGGCCUUGCUCCGAUAACCUACUUCCGGAUCACGCGACCGGCGCAGAAGGAGUUGAGCUUCAAGGUGUCCACUAAGAAGGCGUCCGCGAUCGCCGAGCUGCAGCGACACUGCGGCUUUGCCGGGGCGGCGGCGGCGAACGGCGGCAGCCCGAAAGCAAAGAAGUCGAAGAAGGAAAAGAAAGCGGCUCAAUCUCCGACGAAAAAGAACGAAAGCGAAGACGAAGACGACGGCGGGCAGGGGGAGGGGGACGACGACAGCGGCAGCAAGCUGAAGAGCCUGCAGAAGGACCGGCCCAUGCAGUCCGGCAAGCGGCUCCCCUCGCGCUUCCUCUCACUGCGCAAGAAGACCAAGGACCGCGCCAAGCUGGGCGACCAUCUCGGCGGCAACGGCGACAACGGUGGCGACAACAAGUCGUCCCCAGGCAAGAAGAAGAAUGCCGACGACCAUCACCAGCAGCAGCUCAGGGAGAGCGACGUGGUAUCGGUCAAGGCGAAGGAGGUCUACAUCACGUCCGACGCCGAGACCAACCGCGUGCUGGGCGACCUACAGAAGGAGCGCGAGUGGCGCGAUGUGAUCGAGAAGGCGGUCUACUGCGCGGACUUCACCCAGUUCGUGGCCAUCGCGGCCGGCCCGAGCUUCUCGUCUUCGUCGGCCUCGACGCCAACCCGGGCCGGCGCCAUGCGGCGCAGCAACGGCAACAAGUCACAGAAGCCGCGGAGCUAUAACUCCUAUUCGAGCGGCGACAGUGCCGAGAGCGACAGCGACAGCGACGAUUCGACGUCGAGCAGUCGGUCGAGCAGGCGCGGCGGUGACGAAGACGACGACGAGCGCGAAGAGAAGAUGUUGGCCGGCGUGCACGAACUGGUGGCCUACAUCAAAACGCGGAAGGUGUUCGAAGACCCGGAGACUUCGCUGUCCUUCGUCCGACCCUUGCGCACCGCCCUUCGCGCCACCGUGCAGAGGAGCAAGGGCGAUUUCCGUGGGCUGGCCUCGGUUUUGGCCUUCACGACGGCGCUGCUCCACUGCCUGAAGACGCAGAAGAACUAUCUCCACCUGCCCCCGUUCUCCGAUGACCGCGACAAGUUCUUCCAGGCCCUGUUUGUCGACCCCAAGGAGAAGGGCAUCGCCACAUUCACCGAGGAUGUGGCCAGGCGCAAGAAACUGUUCAAGCUGGCCAGGAAGAAGGUCGAUGGGCUCACCGAGGCCGAAGAGCGGGGCCUCGGCAGCUACAAGCUCAUCGUGCGCUCCCUGGUGGUGCUUGUUCUCGAGAUCUACCUGGCACUGCUCAGAGCCGUGGAAAAGAUGGUGCCGGCGAUGCUGGAGCAGCCGCCCGACUUCUUCCACCUGUUCAUGAACAAGAGCAAGAACCACUUCACCUAUACCCGGCCCGAGGAGGUGAUGACGCAGCUGACGCGACUGCACUCAGCCAUGGUCGCCGCCGGGGUGUGGGGCGCCAUCAUCCGCCAGUUCUUCGUCGACGUGUACCAGGCCAUCAACGCCCGCCUCUUCAAUGCCGUCAUUGAGCGGAGUGACCUCUGCACCUCUGCCAAUGGCUUCCAAAUCAAGACGGCCAUCUCUCACCUCACCCAGUGGGCCGACAACACGCGCUUCUUGGACCCCGUCGCCACCAAGAAGCAACUGGCCCACAUCACCGAGGUCACUUCGCUUCUGGUGCUCGACAUGAGCGUCCUGUCCAACGAGUCCGAUGUCCGCGACGCCUUCCCCACACUCUCGCCCAAGCAGCUGCUCCACCUCGCCUCCUCUUUCCAACCCGACUCCUCCUCAUCGGGCGGAGUGCCGCGUGACGCGCUGGACGUACUCAAGAAGAUGGCGGCCCGGGCUCGCCCGACAACAUCCGCACCAUCAUCACCAAGCCUCAAGCUCGAUCCCGACGUGCCGCCACUGGUGCCCACAAAAGACGAAUACCGCCGAAUACCAACCACCGCCGAGCACAUUGUCUUUAGGGAAACCCUCUAG